AUGGGCUUCUGGACAAGGCUCUCGGGGUCCUGCCUGCCAUGGCUCCUUCUGCUGGGCCUGGUGCCCUCCACCGGGACCGAGGGGACCGAGGAUCGCUCCGCCCCGAACGCCAGUGGCGCUGGGAGCCCUGGCCAGCUGACUGCCGUCCUCCGCGUCCUCGCUGCUGGCGACCACCCGCCCCUGAACCACUCAGGAAGCCUCAUCAAAACGUUGCUGGAGGAAACGGGCUGCCCUCGGAGGACAAAUGGACUGCGAGGAGGCUGCACUCUGUGCUUUGAACCAGAUGCCCUGCUGCUAAUUGCUGGAGGAAAUUUCGAAGAUCAGCUCAGAGAGGAUGUGGUCCAGAGAGUUUCUCUUCUCCUCCUCUAUUACAUUAUUCACCAGGAAGAGAUCUGUUCUUCAAAGCUCAGCAUGAGUAACAAGGAGUUUAAGUUUUACCUGCACAGCCUCCUCAGCCUGAGGCAGGAUGAAGACUCCUAUUUCCUAUCUCAGAACGAGACAGAAGAUAUCCUGGCUCUCACCAGGCAGCACUUUGACACUUCUGGAAGCCAGUGUAUGGAAACCAAAAUGCUGCAGAAAAAGUCUGGAAUACUAAGCAGUGACGGUGCUGAUGAAAAUACGCUUCCUCAGUUGGCGGCAACAAUCAUUGCUUUAUCUCUUCAAGGUGUAUGUCUGGGGCAAAGAAACUUACCUUCCCCAGACUAUUUUACAGAAUAUAUUUUUGGUUCCUUGAACAGUACAAAUACUCUUCACCUAUCGGAACUAGACCAACUUCUCAACACUCUAUGGACCAAAGGUACCUGUAAUAGAAAAGACCAAGUCCAUCAGCUUCAAAGGAAUAAAAACAAUGUAACAAUUCAUGAUGGGAGUUUCCCUAAUCUAUCUGUGUCCACGAACCAAGAGCCGUUGGACAGUCCAGUUUCCUGGGAUCAGACUUGCUUCUCUGCAGGGCAACUUGCGGAGAUAUUUUUACAGAACAGCCUCUCGCCUAUUUCUAAGGAGGACUUUAAGCGAAUGAGUCCAGGGAUCAUCCAACAAUUGCUCAGCUGCUCUUGCCAGUUGCCCAAGGACCAGCAAGCAAACCUCCCGCCUACCACUCUGGAGAAAUAUGGCUACAGCACAGUGGCGGUGAGCCUGCUCACGCUGGGCUCCAUGCUCGGGACAGCGCUGAUCCUUUUCCACAGCUGUGGGGAGAACUACAGGCUCAUUCUACAGCUGUUUGUGGGCCUGGCUGUUGGGACACUCUCUGGGGAUGCUCUGUUCCACCUUAUCCCUCAGGUUCUUGAUUUACAUAAGCAGGAAGCCACAGAGUCUGGGCAUUUCCAUGAAAGCAAAGGUCACAUUUGGAAACUGUUGGGACUAAUUGGAGGCAUCCAUGGAUUUUUCUUGAUAGAAAAAUGUUUUAUUCUCCUUGUAUCACCAAAUGUCAAGCAGAGCGUGUCAUUGGUUAAUGGGCAUGUGGGACAUUCCCACCAUCCUGCACUCAACUCCGAAGUCAGCGACCAGUCAGGCAGAGGCAAGUCCGCUUCAACUAUCCAGUUGAAAGGCCCAGAGGAUUCCCAGGCAGCUGAGAUUCCUAUAGGCAGUUUGACAGCCUCCAACAGAAAAUGCCAAUCCAUGAGCUCGUUGGCAAUAAUGAUCCUGGUGGGAGACUGCCUGCAUAAUUUUGCAGAUGGCCUGGUGAUAGGAGCGGCCUUCUCGUCCUCAUCAGAGUCUGGGAUAACCACGACCAUUGCUAUCUUGUGUCAUGAAAUUCCACAUGAAAUGGGAGACUUUGCUGUGCUCCUAAGCUCUGGGCUUCCUAUUAAAAUUGCCAUCCUGAUGAAUUUUGUAAGUGCUCUGACUGCCUUCCUUGGACUGUAUGUUGGCCUCUCAGUAUCAACUGAUCCUUCUGUUCAGAAUUGGAUCCUGACAGUUACUGCGGGGAUGUUCUUAUAUUUAUCCUUGGUGGAAAUGCUUCCUGAAAUGACUCAUGUUCAAACACGGCGACCCUGGUUGAUGUUUCUCCUGCAGAAUUUUGGAUUGACCCUAGGUUGGCUUUCUCUGUUAGUCUUGGCUAUAUAUGAACAAAAUAUUAAAAUAUAA